UCAAGCGCGUAUUGUAUCAAAAAUCGUAUGUGAUUUAUUAUAAGGUAAGUAGAGCCCUUUAUACUGUUCGAAGCAUAGGUGAAAACGGCCAAAAGUUAAUAAUAUUAGGUGUCAAGUGAUAUGUCAAUCAGGGGAUGAAACAUGAAAGAAAAGCUCCAUAACCUCAAAACUUCAUAAAAUCAGAUAAUAGAAAAUAUUAUAUAUGGAAAGGAAUUUAAGGAAUUAAGGGAACUAAUUUGAAACUCGAAUACAAAAUUUAUUUAUCGUCAUGGCAGGAACGUUAUUCCGUUCUAUGCUAAGCACUACAUUAUCGGCUUAUAAAACGAAUUCCACUCAUAUACGUACCAUACACAGUUCAACUAUUGUUUAUGCUGCCCGUAAAGGGACUAGAGCAAAGGCUCGUGCUAAAAAAGUGAAAGUUGAGAUAACAAAAGUGGGGUUUAUUCCUCAUAACCAAAGAGGAGCUAGCAAAGCAGCAGCUAAAAUUCAUACGGUCAAACAUGUGGAUGACUCCUUGAAACUAAUAUCCAAAGAUGAUGUUUUUCCCAUGAAGUAUUAUCAGUGGGUGGUGUAUUCCACCGAGGAUGCAAUCCGGGCUCACCAAGAGACACACCAUGUCACAAUGUACAAUGAGCCUAAUGCAUUUGUGUAUGCUAAAGUUGAGAUGAACAUGGAAGCUGCAAAGAAGAACCGCUUUGUGGACCCAUUUGUGCGGUUGGCUCUCCUGCCCCACCAUUUCCCGCGCGACGUGGAACGCACCAUCCUCGCUUUCUGCAAAGCUCCGGAGCAAGUCAAGCAGGCCAGUGAGGCUGGGGCUACCACUGUGGGGGGAACUGAUUUGAUUAAGAAGAUACAGGAAGGCGCCAUUAAAGUAGCGGAAUACGACUUCGUAAUAGCGCACCCCAACAUCCUCACGGAGCUCGUACCCAUCCGGGGCUUGAUGAAGCGCAAGUUUCCUAACGUUCGCGCCGGCACCGUCGACACGAAUCUAGUGGACAUGGUUCGCAAGUUCGCGGCUGGUGUCCAGUAUAGAGUGACCAGGGAUGAGUACCAACAGAACUUUGGCAGCUGUGAAGUCCCCAUUGGCCGGCUAAAUAUGGACCCGAAACAAGUUGCUGAGAAUAUUGCAGCGUUGCUAAAGGACAUACAGUCUGUGAGGCCAAAGAGGGAUGGACUUUUUAUUACCAAGUGUCUAAUCAGCAGUCCUCCAUCUACAGAGAAACUGAAAAUAGAUCCGUUCGUGCACGUAGACAGAACAUUGGCUCAAGAGGUACGAGAUGACAGCGACGACGAGGAUGACGCAGUGGCUGUAGCCCAGUGAUUUGUAAAUUGUGUAGAACUUAGAAUAAAGUAAAAUAAACAUACGCGGUCAUCACAUUGAUACGGAUCGGCACUCCGGUCCGAUGCGUGAGCGAACUGAACUGUGCAGACAUAGGAUAGGCCAGUUAUGGUGCUCUUGUUGCAAUUACAUAUUUAAAUUCUGUGAUAGGGACAACACUAUUAUGUUGUCCCUGUCGCAAGAUGUUAUAUAGCGUUAUAUAACUGCCAGUGUGAGAGCAACAUUAGACAUUAUAUAAACAAAGGUACAAAUUUUGAGGUAUAUUUCAUUCAGAAGAUUAUGAUUCCCUACACCCCAACAGAGGGUAAUAAGAUUUACAGGAUGAAAAGAAGAAGAUAUUCCAUUCGGCUGUCAAAAAUGUAAACUUAUGGACAGAAAGAGUUUUAAAAUGCUUUAAAAUAAUGAUUGACUGCCUAAUUACUACAGUUUUCUCUAUUUGCCCCUCGUAUAAAUAGCGAUGACCCGCACGCACUCUGGAACGACGUGCGGAUCCGCAUCCAAUGUGAAAAUCGCCUUAGAAUAGAAUUGAUUAAAUGUAAUAUAAAUUAUAAAAUA